GAUCUCUAGCCCUGCGAAGAGAAUAGUAUCGUCGAACGCAUUUAGGAAGUGCAAUGAGGAAGCAGCAACGUCUCAACAGACGAAAGCAUCCCCAGGAUGCUGUGAGCUACCUGCUACGUCAACCUCACCACGUUGCAAUCUCGACUGUGGCAUGUUUCGCAAGUAAUGUGCCAUCGGAUGUUUCACACCUAAAUGUCGAUCGAUUAGCAGUUUAGCAGUUCAAUCUAGCGAAUUCUGAUUGUCUCUCGACUAGUGACUCAAUCGUCUUUUGUUAGUCACUGAAAGCCUAAGUGGUCAAUCAUCGGGGACAUUGUUGCGACCGCAACUUUCAGUGCUACCGAUGCUGGACUGGGCGAUGUACAGGCACUGCAAGUCUUUGAACAAGGACAGUUCGUUUAAGGCUCC